UGCUGUAAUUCAAUGAUGGGAGAAAAAGGAGGUUCAGAAUCCUCAUGGCCUGGUGAAAGAAACUGUUUGUGAGUCUGGUGGUUUUGGAUCGGCGGUUUCUGUAACACUUUGGCCAGCAUAUGGAGCAGGCAUAAUAGUAGUCUGUAUCAUUGCAGAAGUCACCGUCACAGGUUCAGACAUGCAGCGUUUGAACAUCUCACGUGAGGGUGGAAGCAACGUCAACGCUCCAGCUUUGUCACAUAACACCAUGCAUGGGAGCAUCAACACCACCACGAACAUCCAUGACCAUGGUACUGGGACCUCAACUUUGGCACAGCCAACAUAUGGGCAUGAUACAACCUCAUCUAUUGCAAAAUAUAAGGAAUCAGUCAAGUCCUCCUAUGAAAUGGUGAUGGAGUAUAACUCCAGAUCAGAAGAGAGUGUCUUUCUGUCUGAGCGUUACUUGGAGCUGUCAAUGGUCGAGUGUCACAGGGAGCCUGGAGAAAGAGAAAAGAGUUUGAAAGAAAGACAAAUUACUGUGGAACAGUUGUUCAGACCAGAUGGCAGUGGCUGUGUUCCAAAAGCGGUCAUUCUUCAGGGCAACUCUGGAUAUGGCAAAUCUUUCACUGCUCAGAAGAUCAUGUUGGACUGGGCCUCUGGGGUCUUAUUCAAUGAGUCAUUUGACCUGGUGCUUCACCUCAAAUGCAAAGAGAUCAAUGAAAUGUCAGAGGAAUGCAGUCUUGUGGAUCUGCUCAACUAUAGCUCCAUCUUCAGCAGUGACAUUGCUGAUAUGUUAAGGGACCCAGAGAUGAAAGUGCUCUUUCUGGUUGAUGGUUUUGAUGAGUUCAAUUUCUGGCUUGAGGAUGAUAAGAGUCCACCACCUAAAGACCCUUUGAAGACAGCUCCUGUCCAGGCCACCCUGAAGGCUCUGCUCAAAGGCCACAUCUUGCCCAACUGCCACCUGUUGCUCUCCACAAGGUCCAAUGCUAAAGACGAGCUCAGCUGUCUGGUCACUGAUUCACAACGUUUCGUGGACAUUUUAGGCUUCAAUGAAGAGGCGGUGAAGGACUACUUCCACAGGUUUUUUUGUGACAUGCAUGUUGGAGACACAAUGUUUGAGCUUGUAAAAACUACCCAGAGCUUGUAUACCGCCUGCUUUAUUCCUGUCAUCUGUUGGGUCACCUGCAUAGUCUUUAGGGAGCAAGUACAGAAAGGUGUGCACAUCAGUACAAAGCUAGAAACAGCCACAUCCAUCUUUGCACGCAUUGUAUCCACUCUGCUCAAACAUCAAAGUCUGGAUUUGAGUUUACCUCUGCCCUCACUGCUAAGCAGUCUGGGUCAGCUGGCAGAAAAGGGAAUGCAAGAGAAUCGAGUCCUGUUUUCACAGAAGGAUGUGUUGAAUGUGGCCUCAGAUCCAGAUAAGGGGGCCCUUCUGUGUAAGCACCUUGUAAAUAAGACUGUACAACAGGAGGAGAUGUUCAGUUUCAUGCAUCUGAGCUUCCAGGAGUUCUUCACUGCACUCCACUACACCUUACACCAGGACGAGGAGAUGCUCAAAAGACUGCUUGACUCCGACACACACAACAAUUGGCAAACACAGUGCCGGCCUGUCAUCCAGUUUCUAUUUGGUCUUGCAAAUACGAAGCUGAUUAAAAACCUGGAUGACCUUCAGUUGACACCUUACACCUCCUCAAUCAGAGGUCACCUGGAGAAGUGGAUUAUGAAAGAAAUUCAACAUGUGAAAAAUGAGAGUGAUACAACCCGGGCACUAUUCAUUCUUCACUGUCUCAACGAGCUCCAUGAAGAAGAGUUUGUUAAGAAAGCUAUGGAUGACUGGGGUUCACUGUUCUUUAGCACCGCUUACCUGACAAGGAUGGACUGCUGGGUGCUGCGCUACUGCCUGCUGUGCUGCCCCACCAUCAAAAGACUGGAGUUCUUCAUGUGUCCCUUGACUGAGGAGAUGCUGAUGAGGCUGCAGCCUGCACUGAGCAUGUGUGAGGCACUCGAACUUGUACGCUGCAGUAUAACAGUAGAGGGCUGUGCUACUCUGGCUUCAACUCUGACAACAAACCCCUCUUCACACCUGGUGCGGCUUAAUUUGGCUUCAAUUGAACUGGGAGACUCAGGGGUGAAGCAUAUCUCUGAUCUACUCAGAAAUCCAAACUGUAAACUACAGACACUGAGGUUUGGGUGCUGCAGUAUAACAGCAGAGGGCUGCGUUGCUCUGGCGUCAGCUCUGACAUCAAACCCCUCACACCUGAUUCAGCUGGAUCUGAGUAGUAAUUAUGACCUAGGAGACUCUGGGGUGAAACACAUCUCUGAUCUACUCAGGAAUUGUCAACUACAGACACUGAAGCUUCGGUGCUGCAGUAUGACAGCAGAGGGCUCUGCCGCACUGACUUCAGCUCUGACAUCAAACCCCUCCUCACACCUUGUAGAGCUGGAUCUGAGUUCUAAUGAACUAGGAGACUCAGGAGUGAAGCAGAUAUCUGAUCUACUCAGGAAUGCAAACUGUAAACUACAGACACUGAGGAUGCGGCGUUGUAAUCUCACAUGGAGCAGUUGUUCAUAUCUAGCUGCAGCCCUCAGUUCAAACCCAUCCAGCCCUCUGACAGAGCUGGACCUGGGAGGCAAUGGACUUGAUCAGUCUGAUGUGAAGCCGCUCUCUGCUCUACAGAAAGACUCUGCAUAUAAACUGACUACAAUAGAGGUUGAUUGGGGCGACGUUGGUGAUUGGAUGACUCAGAUGCCUCAUGCAACUGGUGACAGCUGGUGAUUUGUCAUCUGUCAGUCUGGACUGCCUGGAUGCAGAGCUGCUAUGCUGCAGAUGCUGCAAUAUCCAGAUUCUCGCUAACACACGCACGCACGCACGCAUUAACACUAUCCAAAUCAGGCAUUUUUGGCAUUCCAGGGACCUGGGCUUUUUCAUCUAUGAAUGACAUCAUUUUUGUGUCAUUAUCUGGUAUUAUGACAUCAUUAUGACAUCAUCUGAUUAUAAUGCCCAAAAUCUCGCCAUAAGGUAUUUCCCAUAAAAUUUUG